AUGCAUAAUAAGGUAUUGCUUCCUGAGUAUCAGCUUUUCUUUGAACUAGUCAAUAAGGUGCUCUUACCUCAUUCUGAGAGACGAUCUAUUGCUACAAAAUCGGAUAUGGUAUUAAUGGAAGCACUUGAUAAGUUUGUCCCAAUCAAUUUGCCAGCAAUCAUGAUAGAUCAUAUGCAAAAGUUGGUUAACUUUAAAGAAAGAGUUGGUGGAAGCAUCUCGACCAUUUCUCAGAUGAUCAACGCUCAAAAUGUAGCUUCUGAAGAGAUCAGAAGGUUGAGGGCUCGAAAUGCCAUACUGGAAACUCAGCUCAAUCAAGCAGUUAAAGGACCUGAUUCUGUUAAUGAAGAAGUUGCACGACUGACAAAGGAAAAUGAUAAACUUCACGCACAAUUACUUGAAGAACAACUGUCUGCAAAUGCUCGACUGGACCUGGGGGAAGAAUAUAAGAUUCAGGGGGGAACUUUGUGUGGGAAUAUCAUAUUUCAGGAGAGCCCUAAGAUUAAGGGGGAACUUUGUGUAGUUUCUGGUUGGGAUCCAGUGUGGGAUAUAACUCAACUCUUCAGAGUAGGAGGAAUAGUUGAGGGAACAGGUCCCUACAAGUUCCCGAGGAGACUGUAUGAAGUCAAAUCUCCAGCAGGAAAGUUGUUGCCUACACACGCUAUUGUACAAGAACAGUGCAACAAUCAACUUUCUGUGGAAGGUUUUUUACCUGCCUUGCUUACAUCAUUUCUAUUGGUUACAGUGGGAACUGAUAGAGAAUCCGGUUCUCUAUACAGUCUGGGAUGUUCAGAGAAAUCUGAAGUCCUACUCUUCAAAGAAAUUGAUGGCAUUAGCAAAUAUUUAAUUGAUACAUAUUAUAGUUUUGUUAAUGAUAAAGAUGCCCUAAUCAUAGAGCUAGGAGAUGCUGAACAAUCUAAAGAUGAUUUGAUGGUAGUGGUUGUUGACUUGAAGGAAACCAUAGAGUACCUUAGAAAAGAAAAAAAUAAUCUAGUAGAGAAAAUUACAACUACUGAGAAAGAAAGGGAUGAUAUGGUAGUUUCCAUUGUAGAUUUAAGGGAACAAGUGGAAGAAGUAACUAGAGAACAUAACCUAUUGAAAAAACAAACAAAAAAAUGGAUGGACAACACUGAGGGAGAGGAAGUGGCUAGUGAGGCUCAACUUGAGCUUAAGAAAGUUAAAACAAAUCUUGUUGCUGAGCUUGAAAAAAAUAGACAACUUCAGGAGGAUUUAAAAAGGGUUAAAAAUGAUCUUGAUAAGUCACUUAAAUGGACCCGGUCCUCUGAUGUAAUAAUGUCUAUAUAUAGUAGUAAUGGUGGAAACAGGCAAGGCAUCGGGUUUCAAAAGGCUAAAACCUCCUAUAAUCCCUAUAGAAAGUAUGUAACUGUGGAUGAUAAUAGGUUGUGUACUCAUUGUGGUCAAAUUGGUCAUUACAAGGACUCUUGUAAAGUUAAAAUUCAGUCCUUGCAGAAAAAUAAAGUUUUUGUUGAAAAGAGGCGUACUGAUGAGGAACCUGGUUCCCAGAAAAGAAAAUAUGUGUUGCCUGCAUGGGCAAAAAGAAGGGAUCUUAGCUGUCUGAGUGCUGUUAAUGAUAAUGUUGAGCUAUGGCACAAAAGGCUGGGUUAUGCAAGUUUCACACUGCUGAACAAAUUAGUUAAGAAGGACCUGGUUCGUGGUCUGCUCAAUUCAAGUUUCAAGGAUCAUAGGAUAGAGCCUAAGAAUAUCAAGGAAGCAUUUAAAGAUGUUGACUGGAUUACAACUAUGCAAGAAGAGCUCUGUCAACUUGAGAGGAACAGUGUGUGGAACCUGGUUCCACGACCUGCUUACAGAACUGUUAUAGGAGCAAGACUCCCCGUGCUUGAAAUCAGGAAGGAACCUACUCAUUGUGCAGAUCUAUGUUGA